UACUUUUUGAUCUUUCUUCUGCUUCUUUCUUCUCUCUCCUCCUCUUCUUUCUCUACUUUUACAAAUCAAUUCAAACCCUUCCACCCCCACAAAAAGCUUCCAUUUCUGUCUCUCAUUUUAUUUUAUUUUAUUUUAUUUUAUUUUUCACACACCCAUCUCAUUCUCCCCUUUUGUUUCCUCUUGUUGCCUUCUCCCCAUCUCUCCCGUACCUUCUCCGCCUCUGCAUCUCUGUCCCUCUGUGUAAACAUGAGCAGCGGCGGUUCUAGGGUUUCAAUCCCCAACAGUGUGCGCAAGACAAUCCAGAACAUCAAAGAGAUCGCCGGGAACCACAGCGACGAGGAGAUAUAUGCAAUGCUCAAGGAGUGCUCCAUGGAUCCUAAUGAAACCGCACAGAAGCUCUUGCUUCAAGAUACAUUUCAUGAAGUCAGAAGGAAACGUGACAAGAGAAAAGAGAACAUGAACAGAGAGCCUGCUGAUUCUAGAUGGAGACCAGGCACGCAGGGGCGAGGGGGUAGGGGUGGUCGGGGGAAUUAUUCUCCUCGUUACAUCUCACAUGAUGCUGGUGGUGGGAGGAACACUGUUGCUGGGAAGGAAAAUGGAGUUAAUCAAGUUGCAGAGAGAGGUGUAGCUGUUACACCCUCUUCCCUGACACCCCCUCAGGAUACAGAAAACAAAAUAGUAACUCCUGGAUCAAGCUCUGUGGAUGUCCUGGCAAAUGGUCCUACCAGUGUAACUGCUGUGGGUCCCAGUCAUGGYCAUACCUCCAAAGUGCCUCCAGGCAGCGGAAUCAACUCACCUGAAGAAAGUUCAGUAAUUGAUGCUAAUAAGUUAGUUAGUACACCACCACCACCACCACAUGGUGAUUCAAAAAGCACCCCUUCAUCUGUUACUGGAGUUACAUGUGCGCAGCCUGCACCAACUCCUGACCUGUCUCUAGCAUCUGUUUCAGGGGUAUAUUCAUCUUCUUCGGAUCCUGUACUGGUUCCAUCCUUCGAUUCACGUCCUCCUGGUGCAGUGGGUACAAUUAAACGUGAAAUAGGGAGUCAACGAACGGUAGUUGAACAGAAUGCUAAAAUUUCUUCUGAGAGCAAAUCAACUGCGUCUCAGGACUUUGGUAAUCAUCUUCAGAUAAACAAACAUGUAUCUCAUGAUCCAACUGAGUCUGAGUUGUGUUCAUCCACGAGUGAAAAAACUUCUGGAAUUGGAAACCCCAUUCCAGGGAAGAUGCCAAACAGACCCCAAGGAAUUGAGAAAAAUCAGCCUUCUGAAUCAUCCCAACCUUCUUCAUCUACGCAUGGUGGCUCUUCGGCUAGUAGGCCUUCUUCUAACUAUAGUAACCGCUCACAACAACUUACUGGUCCUCAAAAAGGCAUGCUAUUAAACAAUGAGAUCAUGCAAUUCUUGGAUUCACCACCUUGCAGAGGAUACAUUAUAGAAAUACUACAAGACAAAAUUAGGCAUGGGUUCUCUCCUUAUCUAAUGGGCCCCAGUAAAGAGUGGAAACCAAAGCCAAUAAAUCCUGCUCAAGCUUCUGGAGCUGUUGGGACAAGUGAGGUUCCAUCUAUCACAGUUGAAGCGAGUUCUCAGCCAUUACCUGCAUUGGGUGCCUCUGCCUCAGAAGCUGAAAAUUCAAAGUUGGAGAAGAAAAUAGGAGAGUUGCAUCUGUCUGAUGGUCAGCAUGUUAUCAUUCCACAACAUCUACAAGUCCCUGAAGCUGAAAGAUGUGGAUUGAGUUUUGGAAGCUUUGAUGCUGGUUUUAGUCUGACCACAAGCUAUCCCAAUGGCCCUGAAAGUGACAAAAGCUCUAUACCUCCAUCUGAAUCUUCCCAAGGGAUUGAAGAAACAGCCGAGGAGCCUUCGUCAAGCAAUCAGAAUGCAUCUUCAACUGUUCAUGAAGAAGAAUAUCUUGACAAUUCACAAUCACCAACACACAGGCGAGAAAAUCUAUCUUCUGGGGAAGCUGAUGUAUCAUCCACUACAGUCCCAGAAUAUGAUCAGUCCAAGCCAGAGACAACUUUGCCAUCUGGAGGUCCUCAAUACUCAGUUGUUCACACCGCCCCAGCCUAUAGCUUUGGGUUCAUGCCUUCAGUGCUAGGGAACCAGCUUGCACCAUUUGAAAGCUCUGAGCCUCAGGUUCAGCAGCCAUUUGAUCCAUCUACAAGCUAUUAUACCCAAUUUUACCGCCCUGGCACAGAUGGAGAUGGCCGAUUCUCUCCCUUUCUUGCACCUGGAGCUGCGACCAAGUACAAUGGGAACAUUGCAGUGUUAUCCCCACAGACUGGCCAGUCUCCUCAAGAGAGUGGGAACUCCCUUGUACUGUCUACAACAGGUCCAACCCCACUUGUCACACAAACUGCAGGAGUUAUGCAGAGCUCUAUAGCAGUGACUCAGCAACCAGUUCCUGUUUUCCGGCAGCCUGCUGGGAUACAUAUACCCCAUUUCCCACCUAAUUACCUGCCAUACAGCCAGUAUUUCUCCCCAUUCUAUGUACCGCCCCCUAUUCACCAUUUUUUAAGCAACACUGCCUUCCCGCAGCAACCUCCAGCUGGUAAUGUAUAUUCAACUCCUGCAGCAGCAGCAGCAGCUGCUGCCACAGGCGUCAAAUACUCCCUUUCACAAUACAAGCCUGGAGCUAAUGCAGGCAACUCAGCUCACAUUGGAAUGCCGACUGGUUAUGGACCAUACAGCUCCUCCCCAGCUAGCUACAGUCCCAGUCCAGCUGCAACUACUGGAAACUCGACUGGGAAUGAGGACCUUGCUGCUUCUCAAUUCAAGGAAAAUAAUGUUUACAUCACUGGGCAGCAGAGUGAAGGCUCGACUGUCUGGAUUCCUGCACCAGGUAGAGACAUUUCCAGCUUGCAGCCCAGCUCUUUCUACAACCUUCCCCAGGGGCAGCAUGUGACGUUUGCUCCGACACAGGGAGGCCAUGGUGCUUUUGCUGGACCUGGAAUCUAUCAUCCUGCCCAAACGGUGGCUGCUGCAACUGUUCACCCACUACUGCAGCAAUCUCAGACAAUGGCUGGAGCAGUUGAGAUGGUGGGACCCCCUGCUGGAGUUUUUCAGCAACCUCAACGAGCACAGAUCAACUGGACCAAUAAUUACUGAAAUUAGAUAAAUCCUUGUUGGCCGCUGAUAAACCAUAACAUAUCAACCUCGGAAUUUUUUUUGAGAGACGGUUCUGGAGGGAGACGCCAGGGAGAAAUAUAGGACUCGGCCUGUUCUGAGUGUACAUACACAUAUAAAGGGUUGCUGGGAAUUUUGUGGAAAGUAUCCUAGAUUGCUGGGCUGGGGACGGUUGGUGUUAUUUCACCUGUCAUUGAUAUUGACCAUUUUAAGUUGGUUUUGGGAGGCAUAUGCAGGUUGUUUCUCUGCUGCCGGCUAGUUUUUUUUUUUUUUUUCCCUUGUUUUUGUCCUUUGGUAUUUCUUUUUAACUUUUAUUUUUCCUAAGUUACUGUGGGUGGUAAAAGGUUUUUCAUUUAGUCUUCUUUCUCCUUCUCUUUGAGGUCUCUUAGGACUUUUGGAAGGUAAGAUGUAAGUGGGUGGGAUUUUCCAUUUCUUUUUUAAUCGUUCCACUGUCUUACCUGUAAAGUAAAUUUUGAUAGCAAGGAACGAUGUACUACACUGUUGUAAUUUUUUUGGCUAAGAACACACUGUUGUAAUUGGUAUUAAGAGAAAGUAGCAUUUCAUUUGUUCCAACUUA